AUGCCUCUCCACCCCGAACCUACCGAAAUCACCCAUAGGAGCCCCUCAGAGCCCACAGGGACGAUGUUGCCUAGCUACGAGAAGUCGCGACAAGAGUACGACGCACCUAUGCCGGUUAAUGACCCCCCGACCGGGCCCAUGAAGGCGUACCAAGGACAGCCAGAUCCCAAUUACUCACAAGCCGGCCAUUCCUCCCAAUACCCAAUGCAUCUGUCCGAUGUGAAGGCGUAUCCUGGCCAGCAGCUUCCUCCCGAUCCAACUCAACAGCAACAGUUCCAACCGCAGGCGUUCUACACUCCCUAUGGCCACCCGAGUGGAUAUGCUACGGCGACGCCUCUGCAUGCCCUGCAGUCGGCCCCUUGCCCUGUGGAUUGCCCGGCUUGCGGGUGUCGCGAGAUGACUCGGACAGAGCCGGUCACAGGAAUGACCACACAUGGAUGGGCUGCCGUCCUCUGCUUCUGCUGCUGUCUCGGAUGCAUCCCUUACUUGAUGUCGUCUCUGAAAGAUGUCGACCACUUCUGCGGAAAAUGUGGUGCGAAGCUUGCAUGCUGGCAUAACAGCGGUCGCAUCCAGGUCUUCCAGGGCGGGCGCAUUCAAGCGCCGCCAAGCGGAACCCAGGCUCCCACGAAUACGCAGAAAGAAUCCCACUAA